AUGGCGUCCGCAGUUCUCAACGCGACCAUUGACGGUCUAAGCACGUCGGCCUCGAUUACGACCGUCUUUGAGGAGGUCUCCAAAUACAAUGUCCACCUCAAUGUCUUCGAGCGCCUCUGGGCCUCGUGGUACCUCUGGAUGCAGAACGAUACCAUCGCGACCGGUAUCAUGAGCUUCGUCAUGCACGAGAUCGUCUAUUUCGGCCGCUCAUUGCCAUGGAUGAUUAUCGACGCCAUUCCCUUCUUCAACAAAUACAAGCUUCAAAACACCAAGGUCCCCACAUGGAAGGAGCAGUGGCAAUGCGCCGGGCUUGUCCUGAUCAGCCACUGCACCGUCGAACUCCCCCAGAUCUGGCUCUUCCACCCCGUCGCCACCUACUUCGGCCUCGAUUACGGCGUUCCGUUCCCGCCCGCCUGGAAGAUCGCCAUGCAGAUUGCCAUCUUCUUCGUCGUCGAGGACUCCUGGCAUUACUGGUUCCACCGGGCGCUCCACUACGGCCCGCUCUACAAGUCGAUCCACAAGCUGCACCACACCUACAGCGCGCCCUUCGGCCUCGCCGCCGAGUACGCGUCCCCGAUCGAGGUCAUGCUCCUGGGUUUCGGUAUUGUCGGAACCCCCAUCAUCUGGGUCUCGCUCACUAAGGACAUGCACUUGGUCACCAUGUACCUGUGGAUCGUGCUCCGCCUGUUCCAGGCCAUCGAUGCCCACUCCGGCUACGACUUCCCUUGGAGCUUGCGCCACAUCCUGCCCUUCUGGGCCGGUGCCGACCACCACGAUCUGCACCACGAGCGCUUCAUUGGCAACUACGCCUCCAGCUUCCGUUGGUGGGACUACUGCCUCGACACCGAGGCCGGUGAGGAUGCCAGCAAGAAGCGCCGUGAGCGCAAGCUGGCGGAGAUCCGGGCCAAGAAGGCGCAGUAA